AUGGGUAACUGUCCGUAUUGGUCCUGGCUCUUGUCGCACCGCCUCCUUGGGUCAAGUUACGCCUGGCAAGCUGGUGUACAAGGCUGGCAAACGUUAGUAAAUGAGGAGCUCUCGUUGUUCAUUGUUGAAAAGGAGACCAGAGGCAAGCCUCUGGUCUUAGGGAAUUGCCGAAAGGGUCGAGAUGCAAUUCGUAUUAUCCACAACCCUGCUGAAUACACCUCUUUGACUCUUUCCAUCACUCUACGUUGCUACCUCUUCGCUGACGCCCUAUAUUUGGUCAAUAACGAUGUAAACAACAUUGUAGAAUAUGAAAAAGCUGCUCAAGAGGUUCUUGAACUGACUGCUGGAGAGCCGGGUCGAGCAAGUCGAGUCAGUAGACGUCACGGAGAUAAUCGAGCGAGUCAAGCUUGCCAGAUUACUGUCACCUCUUGCACUACUCUUACCGCUACUCGGGGAGUUUACACCAUAAAUUGCAUGCAGGUAGUCCACACGACACUGCAUGGAGUAGUCGCAGCAUACCCACCUAUACAACAAAUAGAAACCUGUAACGUAGAGCGUGGUUUAGCCCUGACGCAAAUGUAUCCGAAGUUUGUUAAAGAGGAGGAGUUAACUUGUUGGUCGAUGCAAGAUUGGUAUUUAGGAGGAAAUCUAGCGAAGUAG